AUGAAAUCUGAAAUCCACUUGGCGUUUUGCAUGCUGCUGCUGCUUCCUGGCUCAUCGCAGACCACAGAUCAGGGCCAUGAUCUGCCGUCUGUCUUCACCACAGGCACGUUCCAAAGUCCUACUGGAACCUCUGAGUCUCCCGUCCCAGUGGAGGAUCCAGGAACCGAGCCCUCACAGUCGAUAGGAAGUCCUGCCGGCACAGCCGAAGCCUCAACCGGACCCACAGGCCUCGUCCAGACAGAGGGAGCCGUGCGUCCAGACACUUUGACCCAGGCAGGACUGGAGACUCACCAGUUCCCCCUGAGCUCUGCAGCAGCCCCAUCUCAACACACACCUACCCCCAUCGGCACCACGUCCCACCCCGAAGCGCCAUCUCUGAUAGGCGGCCUUUCAUCCCCGCCGACCCCUCUGGACGCCGCCCCCCAGCCAAGCUCAGCUACUGAGGGAAGAGACCUCCCCACCAGCGGUUCCCCGGCCAGUUUUUCCUUUUCAUCCCGACCCAUUCACGCAGUGCACAACAGAAGCUCUACGGCCUCCACUUCCACCUCCACCGUGCACUCUCAGUCUGCAGUCGGCUCCUCGCAGGCUUUGACGUCCGGAUUGGCCCCUGUAGCGCCAACCCACCGGGAGGUUCCCUCUGAACUCAACGUUGGAGAUGAAGACCUCAAGGGGUCCCGCCACCACUCCAGCUCCCCUCUGGACCCCCUGCUGGCCGGUCUGCUGUCGGUGUUCAUCGUCACCACCGCCGUCGUCUUCGUUAUUCUCUUCCUCAAGUUCCGACAGCGAACGAACCACCCCGAGUUCCACCGGCUACAGGAUCUACCCAUGGUAAAAUUCCUGAAUCUAUUUGUAUGA